AAAUUUCAUCAAGUUGAAAAAUCCCCUCUAUUUUGGGACGACUCUUUUCUAUUCUCUUUCUCUUGCACGAGCUUAACACCUUAAGGGGACCAUGGUUAUGUUGAAGAUCUCCUCUUUUCUUGUUGCCUACGCUCUGAUUCUUUGCCAGAUGUACAGCUCUAACGCAGCUCCAGCCAGGCCUGCACUAGAAUCGUCACAAGAUGGAACUACACUUACCGACUAUGAAGCGAGAAGACUGCUUAAUGCGAUUGUCAAAGAAUUUGUGCAAAUGACGACAGAGGACAUGGAGCAACAAGCUACAGAAGAAAACAGUCUGGGUAGACCAGUGUCCAAGCGCUGCUCCAGUCUCAGCACUUGUGUGCUGGGGAAACUGUCCCAGGAGCUGCACAAACUGCAGACGUAUCCACGCACCAAUGUAGGAGCGGGCACACCGGGCAGGAAGCGCAGCCUGGAAGAGAGUGAUGAGUUUGCUGGAUACGGAGAUGCACUCAAUCGUAUCUAAUCUUCAACUGCUGUAACCCAUGCUUGGCCUGAUAUGCAAGUGCAUGUGGAAUGUUUGCCUGAUUGACUUGAAAGAACUUUUGUUUUCUAUUUUCUUUGGCAGAGUAACGAAUCUCACGCAGACCCUGUUCCAUUAAUUUCAUAUAGUCACCGGAUCUAUUUAGGUUAUAUAACUGAUUUAUAAAUUCAAGGGGAUAAGAAUGAACUUUUUUUUAACACAGCAAAAAUUCCUGUCUUGUGUGAUUUCAAUUUGUUCCUGAUGUUCUAAUAAAGAUAUUUCUAGAAUGAGAUUUUUAUUUGCCUAUUGAUUGUUUGUAGUUCAGAAAUACAAACAUUAUUAAAUUUGACAUAUUAAAUGUAACCAGGCUUAAGUAUACAUUUUAGGUAAGAUAUAUUACUGCUGCCACUUUGCUAAAUAUACAUAACAUUAAA